CCCGAGGACAAAUGGUCACCCUACCAAGCGGCAGAAGGGCAUGGGAGAGACAGAAGCCCGAAUGUGAUGCUUUUCUACAUCUGAAGUACACCAGCCGUGUGAUGGAACCGCUGUUCAUUAGGAAGAUGGUGGAUGAGGUGCUCAGCUGGGUGAUAGGGGAUGACGCGUUCGGCUGGCUAGAGCGCAUCAGAAUCGGCUGGACCUACAACCCCAGCAUCGCAUCUAAGCUAUGCAGGCCUGCGGAAGUUUUUUGCGAUUUUGACGUCUCUCAKSGGAUGGAUAGGUACGACCCGGAGCMGUGYCCAUGCAKGACUCAAAGAUACUCGGAUUUGCGCAACGAUUGGUCAAUCCACCUACUCCAGAACGAAGGAUGCACGCAUGUCAUUACUUUGGACUCCUCGGUUACGGACAAUCCGUUGUUGCAGGGUGUCAUUAACGUGGGYCUCAAUCAUAUCCCGAUCAUGGCCCUGGACGUAGAAGAGGCGGCUAUGGAGCUGGAUCGCCUGUUGGACGAUCUUUUCGGGAGGGUGAUGGAGUUGCGGGACCUUUUGGACUCCACCAAAUCCUUCUUGAAGCGGAUUAUCAUGAAGAAGGGGAGGGCGAGGAUGGGCAAGUACAAGAAUGCACAUAGGCAUGCGGUCGCGGAACCAUUCGAGCACCUAGCCGUGAAAAGGGAGCUGGAUUUCAUCACGGGCAGAUUCCUCAUCUGCCCAACGGACAAGGCGCCCAACACCCCAGCUUUCGUCUGCAAGAACUUCAUCCGAAAGCUCGCUUUCCAAAGACUGUCUGGCCCGGAGUUCGCAUGCAUCGGUGCCACACCUGCGGUUGUCAUCUCGCGCAUACGUGGAGAACUCUCCGCCUUACCCGCACUACCGAUAGCCCCGGCUACGCUCCCAUAUCUCAUGACGGUGCUGAAGGCACACAAGGGGUCAUUCCGCUGGAUAGCGAACACAACCAACACGAUUAUCUCACCUGCAGCGGAGGUGUGCGCGUGCGUUCUGCGAUUCCUUCUCCCCUUGGUGCAAACUUUUUGCCAGGAGAGGAGCAUGGAGGUGGAGGAGCAGCAUGGGGUCAGACCCAACCUGUGGUGGGCAAUAGCCUCAGUGGGGGAGUUCUGCGCUAACCUUCCAGAAAAGGUUUACUCCGUGUUCACCGCCGACAUCACAAGGUGUUUUGAGACGAUCCCCAUGGAUAACUCUGAGGACAGCCUCCCUGCUGCGGUCAGGUUCUACGUGCAGUGCGCAAUGCGAGUGAGGAGGGAAAGGAGCUCCUGCCAUACUAUUCGUAUCGUUACGAAGAUAGAGAGAGAGAGGGAGAGAGGUUGAGCGAUACAAGAUCGUUGUGUGGUCCACGAAGUAGAAGGCGGCCAUAGCCGCGGAGCCCGAACCACAAAGU